AUGAGGUCAGAUAGAUUGGCCAGUUUCGUAGCAACCGGCAUACACCGCAGCUACGCCGCCCUGCGCGGCCUUCCGCGCUCGUACCAUCGCAAUUCGCAACCAGCACAUGCUUAUACGGCAACGCAUGGCAGCAGAAGAUUUAACUCUGAUUCAUUUGUGCAAUCAGUUAUAAACCAGGUCAAGCGUGACCUGGAGAAAGACGAGAAACUACAGGAAGCCAUAAAAUCACUGGAAAAAUCCAAAAUCACACAGAAAGUGAACCGUUUUGGGGAAAUUCUAAAUAGAUCUAAGGAUAUAUGUGGACAUUACGUAAGCAGAGUUUCUGAAACUAGCAGCAAAUCGAGAGCAAUUCAGCUCGCCAUAACCUCAGCGAAAAAUGUUGUUUGUGGUAUUAACAAAGUGGCGGAGAUGAUCCACGAUGAAGAAAGGGAGGUAAAGGAACUACGGGCCAAGUGGAAACAAAGGGUUGUCAACCAAAGACAAAAAAUGGACAUAAACAACGCUCAAGAAGGAUCGUUAGGGUUGCAUGAUGGUCGAAAACCAGAUGAUACAACAACAAAUCGCAUAGAGGAUGCACUUGUAUUGUCUAAGGAGUCUGCAUGGGAACGCUUUGGGAGCCGCCUCCGCGACAUGCCUUUCCUCGCAAAUUUCUUUGAAAAUCCGUUGUUUGAGCAGCUAUUCGGAAAGUCAACUUUAGCUACAGCCAUCAGAGAUAUGAAGCAACUAGACCCUUGCUUUAGCAUUCCAGAACUCAUGGAACUCGUGGAGCAUGUCGUUGCACCGCAUAUAGUUCAAUGCUACCUCACUGGCGAUGUUGAGUCUCUUAAAAUGCAUUGUGGAGAUGUUGCCUUCAACGUGCUAAGCGCCUCCAUACGGGAGAGAUCACUUCAAAAACUGGAACUUGAUCAUAACAUCCUUAUAUUGAAGGAUGUGGAACUUAAGGGUGGCAUUACCAUGCCUGGCAGUGACCCGUGGUUCAUUUUCAAUUUCACUACACAACAAAUCAACUGUCUUCGAGAUUAUCAUGGAAACGUAGUUGCAGGUGAAGUUGACGAUAUUAGGGAAGUUGUGUAUUCAAUGGCGCUGUCGAGGCACCCAGACUUGUCGCAAGACGCUCUAGAAUAUCCAUACAUGGUGCACGAAAUGGCGAUCGUUGGCAACAGGCCGUGCUGGUAG